AUGAAAGUAAUUGUGACUUUUGGCGAAACAAAAGUUGUUGUACCUUGUGGUACAAAUGGUGAUUUAUCUAUACGAGAAUUAAUUCGUUCGGCAACAACUAAAUACUGUAAAUUGUCUUCCUAUAAUAACAAUGUUACAAAUGUAAACAGUGAUCAAGUUCAACUAAGACUUAAUAACGGUGCUGUUGUCGAUCCUGAUGAUCGAGUUUGCGAUGUAGUUGAUGAUCGAGAAGAAUUAUUUGCUAUUAUUGAACCACAUCAAACAAUUAUUAAUAGCAAUGGUGAGCUAUCUUCAAGUAUGACAAGUUCAAAUCUAUCAACAAGUAUAUCGGAACAUGAACGUCCGAGUUUACCACCUCCGCCACCAGUAUCAUCAUCAUCAACAAUAAACAAUCGUCAUGAAGUCAUUGUCACUGAUGCUGAUCUUCGAACUCGAUCUCUACGUAUCAAAACUGAAUCGAAAGACAAUCUUCAACAAAACAUUAUGAAUAUAAAUGGCCAAAAACAUUCUCCUACAACGCAGUUCGCUGAUAGCAAAGGAAUGUACAAUAUGCAUGUUGACGAAAAGACUGGCGAUAAGACAUUCUCAAUAUCAUUACCAAAAGAAAAUAGUCCGUUAGGUAUUCAUGUUAUUCCAAAUAAUAGUAAUGAAAAUCAAGUGAACGGACUUAUUCUACAAAACAUUGAAUCUGAUGGACGUAUUAAACGUCAAGGUAUAUUAGAAAUCAAUGAUCGUAUUAUUGAAAUCAAUCGUAUUAAUAUUGAACAAUGCUCAUUCGAAGAAGCUCAAUUGGUCUUUCGAAAUGCAUUGCUUGAGCCAGAACUUGAAUUAACAAUCGUUCGAAGUAUGAAAAAAUCGUCGAUGCCAUUUUAUUUGAAUCAGAACAUUGAAGUCAAUCCAAGUACAAAACGCUUAGGAAAAAUAAUGAAAAUAACACUGACGAAAGGUGCUGAUGGUCUUGGAUUUAAAUUAGCUUCGCGUGAUAAUCCAACAGGCGCAGCUAAUCCAAUCUAUGUUAAAACAAUCUUUGGUAAAGGUGCUGCUGUUGAAGAUGGUCGCCUACGUAAUGGUGAUCGUCUAUUGACCGUUAAUGGAAUCGAUGUUACACAAAUGUCAUUACAAGACACUGUUGGUUUAUUACGUGAAACAAAAAUCGGCGAUACCGUUCAUUUAUGUAUAUCAAGACAACAAGAUGGAUCAUUGCCUGAAGAUUUAGUGCACGAAGAAGUAAAACAGCAAAUUAUAACAUUCGAUAUACCAUUAAGAGACACAUCAUCAGCCGGUCUUGGUAUCACAAUCAAAGGAAAAACAUCUAUUGUUGAUGGAAAAUCAAUUGAUUUAGGAAUAUUUGUUAAAAGUAUUUUAACUGGUGGCGCUGCUUUUCGAGAUAAACGACUUCGUUCGAAUGAUCAAAUUCUUAUUGUUAAUGAUGUGUCACUUGUAAACGUGCCUAAUAUAGAUGCUGCAACUAUUUUACAAGAUGCUGUACGAAAAGAAAUUCAGCCGGGUUUUAUUAAAAUAACAAUAUCUCGUAUGUUAAACGAUGAACAAGAUCCUAAUGCAAAACAUGUCAAAGAAAUCGAAUUAUUAUCAUCAUCAUUAACAAUUACGAAUGAUGAAAAUGAAUUAGAUCUAACAAAUUUUGUUUCAUCUGCGAAUCGAAAACCUCCAAUGAAAUCCGAUCUUCGUUCAUCAAUGAAUCAGUCGCCGGCAAGAAAUCAAAAAGCAUUAAAUGAAAAGCAAAAUCAAGAAGAAAUUGUUAAUGAAAAUGUCAAUCCAUUCCAACGUGAAGCUCCAUUCCGACAAAGUAUUUCCGAGAAACGUCGUUUAACCCAACAUCCAAAUAGUCAAGCGGUUCAAUGGAAACAACGAUCAUUCCAAGAUUUUCGAACAAAUAGUGAAAGAAGACAAACCACUGGAGCAUUGCCUGAUUCAUCGAUGAAUUUUGUUCGUUCAACAUCCUAUGAAAGUAUUCAGAGGACGGCAGUAGAUGAAGAACGACAUCGGCAAGCUAAAUUACGUAAUAGAGCUUGUAACGAUUCAUUUCGGCAAGCUGUAGAUAAAUCUUAUAGUCAAAAUAAUCAUGAUUCUGUAAACGGUGAUAAAUCAAAUAAAACAGAUAAACAACGAUUUAAAUUUUCGAAUAUAUUUACUACAAAAUCAAAACGAAAAGAAAAUCACGAUGACAAAUUAACAUCGAAUCAAAAUAUUAAAUCGAAUUCAAUUCAUUCCCAAUCACCACCACAUGAUAAUAAUGCGGUAUUCUAUCCACCGCCACCAACACCAUUCAGUUCACGACAAGACUCAACAUCGUCCGCUAAUAAAUCAGGGAAAUAUAAAAAUAAUGAACGUUCAUCUACUAAUUCUUGUUAUCUAUCAAAUAAUCAAUUAAAACCACAACAACAACAACAACAAGGUUAUCAACCGUAUCGUUUCGAUUCUAAUUUAAUGUCUUCAGGUCAACAAAAAAUCGAACAUUUUACACCGCCACGUAACGAAUCAAAAACAAUCUCUGGCAAACCAUCACCAUCGAACAAUUUCAAAAAGCCUUCACAUCCACCAAUUCCACACCAAUUUCUGCAAUCAAAUCUAAACGGUACUCAAUCAUUAAAAACCCAUCAAAUAAUAUCACGUUCUCCCUAUCCACUAUCAUUCAACGUUCAUUCAGAGCAUAUAAUUUCACAUAAUCAUACAAAAGAUUUUUCAAUCAAUACAUCCGAACAAACAAAACAAAUGCAUUAUCCAAUAUCAUCGCGUUCUUAUUUAUCAUUUGAAAAUCCAGCUAAUGUUUAA